AUGCCGCCCUCCUACUCCGCUCGUCGCAAGCGCUUAAGCGCACGAAAAAAUUAUGAAUCAUUAACCUGUGUUGCAUGUAACAGCCAACACAAAAAAUGCAGCAAGGAUAUCAAUCAUGACUUUCCGUGCGAUCGCUGUGAAAGACAGGGUAUCAAUUGUCAACAACGACCUUAUGUUAGGCCACGUGGUCGCCCCCUAGGAUCCCGAAAUAAGGUGAGAAGGUCGAAUCCUACUGCAACCAUCGCCGAAGAGAUCUCCUUAAUGGCAACUUCUCCUCCCACUGUAUCCGUAAAAUCAACUUCAACAAAAAAUAUAGGUACUGAACAGCUUUCAUUACUUUCUCAUCGAUUUGCCCAAGACGCAGAAAUUAACGCAGAAAUUAUUUCACCAUCCAAUGAUGAGAACAAUCAUACAACAACGAUGAUGACUUCCACUUCGAUUAUUACUACGGAAAACGAGCGUUCUUCUAGUGUUGCGGAUGAUGAUUUCGCUGCUCCUCUUGUUGUUGUAGGAUCAAUUGCUGAUGAAACAAUGUGGUGGUGGUGUACAUCAACAGCUAUAUCAACAUCUUUUUCAUCCGUCCAGCCUCCCUCUAAUAUUUCUCCUUUCGAGGUUCCGGCUUGCUGGCCAAACGGUAAUGGAGCAAUUACGAAUCAGCUUGCUCCUCCUACACCGCUCGAUGCUUUCUACAACAUGCAUGAGGUGAAUAAUAGCAAUACACCCACCAUUCUUUCUAAAUACUCCGAUGAUGAAGCACUAUUAAGCUCUACUCUAAAUGAAAUAUCACUUUGA